AGAUCAGUUGAGUUUCGUACUUAGGCGAGCGCUGUCGCAUCUUGGCCAGCUUCACAAUAUCCAAGAUGCAGUUUUUGGUUCUGUGCGCGCUGAUCGCAGUCGGCGCAGUUCUCGAGGCAGAGGCACGAGUGCGCGGCCGGCUGUACGAUGAGGAGAAGGAUACUAUUCUGGAGCUGCCCAAGCUGGGCGCCAUUCAGGGCAAAAUUGUGGAGACGGCGUGGAGCAAGCGUGAGGUGUUGCAGUUCGUGGAUGUCCGAUAUGCUGAACCGCCGACGGGACAGCAUCGCUUCAAGCCGCCACGUCCCAUUGAGCCCUGGGAAGAUGUUAUGGAUGCGACAGCUGAGAAAAUUGGCUGUCCGUCUGUCGUUUCGAUGGACGCCCUGCAAAAGCUGGACGAUGUGCUGGACGUGGAGGACUGCCUGACCAUGACCAUAACCACGCCGAACGUGACGGCCAACCUGCCGGUGCUGGUCUACAUCCACGGCGAGUACCUCUACGAGGGCAGCAACUCGGAGGCGCCACCCCACUAUCUGCUGGAAAAGGAUAUAGUGCUGGUGACGCCACAGUAUAGACUGGGCCCGUUCGGCUUCCUCUCGACCAAGACCGACGAGAUACCCGGCAAUGCCGGCGUGCUCGACAUCUUCUUGGCCCUGCAAUUCGUGAAGCACUUCAUUAAGUAUUUUGGCGGUGAUCCGAGCCGCAUCACGGUGGCCGGUCAGGUGGGUGGUGCGGCCAUAGCCCACCUGCUCACCCUGUCGCCGAUGGUGCAGCGCGGCCUGUUCAGUCAGGUGAUCUAUCACUCGGGCUCGGCCAUCAUGCCCAUUUUCCUGGAGGACAAUCCGCGCAAGCACGCCCAGGAGAUCGCCCAGAAGGCCGACUGCCAGAUGGUAACUGUGCGCGACCUCAACAAAUGCCUCAUGGAGCUGAGCGCCUUGGAGCUAUUGAAUGCCUUCAUGGAGCAUGCGCUCGAGAAAUCUGAUCUGGGCAUUGGUCAUACGGGCGGCAUACAGUUCACAAUUGGCGGUCCCAGCGGGGUGCUGCCCAAGCAUCCAUAUGAUCUCAUGCUGGAGUCGAACUUCUCCUACCCCGCCAUGGGGGGCUGUCCCAAGAAUGCGGGCACACGUGUGCUCAAUGAGAUCGUGGAGAACGACUUUGAGGGCAAGAUACCCGAUGACGAAUACAAUACGUACGACUAUAUCGAUCACGUCAUCCGCCAGGUGGUGGGCACCGACAAGACCAUGCUGCUGACCAGCUUUGUCACCCACGACUUUUUCAACCGCCAGCUGCUUGAGAACGGAACCUUCGACACUCUGAUUCCACGGCUAAUUGAUGUGGCGGGCACCUUAAACCAUAAGCUGCCCGUGCUGCUGGCUAUGAACAUGAACAACAAACACAAUCCGGAGAACACGUUUCUCUAUUCGUUCGAUUAUGCGGGCGAGUUCAAUCGAUAUCGCGACAUGGACGAGGAGACGAACAUGCAGAGCCCCUUCAAAGCUGGCGUCUCACUCACCGACGAGGCGCUCUAUCUGUUCCCCUAUCCCGAUCAUGUGAAGCGCCUGAGCCCACCCGAUAUGACAAUGGCCCAUCGCAUGGUCGAGCUCUGGACAAACUUUAUAAUAACCGGCAAUCCCCUGGGCUCCUAUCGGUCCGGCUAUUGGCCGCCCAUGACCACGCUCUAUGGGCCCUAUAUGAAGAUCGACGAGACCUUGACCAUCGGCGGCAACUACUUCACUGAGUUCUCUGCCACGCUGAAGGACGAGGAGCAGGGCCACAGUCUCAUACGCGAGAUAUACUAUUUACGCAAUCGAGCACGCCGCAAGGUCCUCGGCCAGGCGCAGCGCAAGAAGCAAGCGGCGAGCCAACUCAAAAAGCUGGAGGUGCGAAAGAGUCUUGUCAAGCGUCCCAAUCGCAACAAAAUACGGUUCUAGGGCUCAGGCAACUAGACCAAUUAGCUUAACAGUAUUUCUAAUGAGAAUCCGUAUUUAAUUUAUAAUUUAAUUGAAUUUAAUUUAAAUUAAAGAA